AUGUUUACCCAAAAUACCCUCAGAUUUAUGAAAUACUCCAAACGACUGUUUGGCAGCUCUGUGAAUCCUGCAGUAAGCUCAUCUUAUUUCGAAGCUCUUUUUGACCUAUGAAAAUCUGACAAGAAUUCCUUACCCCUUCAAUGAAAAUCUUACUUUGAAAAUUUAGAUUCAGAAGAGAUCCCAGUCCCGACAGCUUCAGUAAUAAAAGACAAUUUAUUAUCAGCAACAGAUUCAAAAGAAAUCCACAAAGUUUUGCUUUUAUAUAGGGCUUAUCAAUUAUAUGGAUAUAUGCUAUCAGAUGUAGACCCAUUAAAAUUAACUAUCAAUAUAGAGCACCAUUUAGCAAAAACCAGAAUUCCUGGUCUUAUUCGUUGGGAAAAUUUUAAAUUCACAGACACUGACAUGGAAAAAUCAUACGAUCUCGGCAGCAAUUUAAUUAAAGGCUUUAUUGAUGAGACUGGUCCUAAAAAAGGGGUAUGAAAAUUAAAAGAUUUAAUUGAAAAUUGUAAAAGAGUUUACUGUGGAAAAAUUGGCUUUGAGUAUAUGCACAUCCCAUAUAGAGAUGAGUGCAAUUGGAUGAGAAUGCAUAUAGAAAAAGACCAAUUAUUUGCAUAUUCCGCUGCAGAAAAAGUAGAAAUUUUCCAGAAACUCGCAAGAACGCAGCUUUUGGAAGAAUUUUUUCAUAAGAAAUUUUCUUCCCACAAAAGGUUUGGAAUGGAUGGCCUAGAAACUGCAGUUUUAGCUGUAGAAGGAGUUAUUGAAAACGCAGUUUCCUAUGGCUAUGACAAUUUUAUCAUUGGCAUGCCACACAGAGGAAGACUCAAUAUCAUGGCAAAUGCCUUAAACUGUGACCUAAAAUAUAUUUUAUCAUUAUUUUUUGAAACCCAAGGCAAGGAUUAUGAAGAAGGAGAUGUGAAAUACCAUUUAGGUCACUGUGUGAAAAGGACUGUAAAAGGAAAAGAAGUCACUAUAAGAUUGAUGGGAAAUCCAUCACAUUUAGAAGCAGUUGACCCUGUUGCAGUUGGCCAAACCAAAGCUCUGCUAAAUGAAAGAAAAAAAGCUUUAUGUAUUUUGAUACACGGAGAUGCCGCAUUGGCUGGACAAGGUGUUGUAUAUGAGACUGUACAAAUGGAAGACCUAACUAAUUACAAGACAGGAGGGACCAUACAUUUGGUACUAAAUAACAAUAUUGGGUUUACCACAGUUCCUAGAGAAGCGAGAACAGGGCUAUUUCCAACAGAAAUUGCAAAAGUAAUAGGGGCGCCUAUUUUGCAUGUAAAUGCGGACUGUCCAGAAGAGAUAGAUUUUGCUUCAAGAUUGGCAGUAGACUGAAAAGAAGAGUUCAAAAAUUCAAUUUUCCUUGAUAUUAUCGGAUAUCGGAGAUUUGGCCACAAUGAACUAGACGAGCCUUUAUUUACAAACCCUAAAAUGUAUCAGCUUAUAGCAAAGCAUCCAACUGUAUUAGAAAUUUAUAGCGAAAAACUAAAAGAAGAAGGGGUUUUAAAUGAUGAGGAAAUUUCUAAUAUUAAGCAGUCAAUUAACGAUGGCUAUAAUUCAGCUUUUGAAAAUGCACAAAAAGUAGGAACCACUGAAGGGGCGAAAAAAUCUUAUUUUGAAAAUCUUAUAGGAAUCAGCACUGAGUGCUUUAAACCGACAGGUGUAAAAGUAGAAAGGCUAAAAGAAAUAGGAAUAAAAUGCAGCAGUCUUCCUGAGUCCAUAAAUGCACAUCCAGGAGUCAAAAAACUUUAUAAGAACAGAUUAGCUUCAAUAGAAAAAGGCCAGGAUAUUGACUGGCCCACAGCAGAAGCCCUUGCGUGGGGCAGUAUUUUAACUAUAGAAAAAUACCCAGUCAGACUGAGUGGCCAAGACGUCGAAAGAGGCACAUUUUCGCAAAGGCACGCUAUAAUCCAAGACCAAAAGAUCGACCUCCAAAAAUACAUCCCACUCCGCCAUAUUGAUGACUCCCAAUCUCUUUUUUACGCAAUAAACUCCCAUCUAUCAGAAUACGCAGCUCUUGGCUUUGAGUAUGGCUAUUCUUUGAAUAACCCAAAUGCUUUGGUUAUGUGGGAAGCUCAAUUUGGCGACUUUGCAAAUGGUGCACAAAUAGUAAUCGACCAGUUCAUUUCCAGCGGAGAAGUAAAAUGGGGGCAGCCAAGUGGGCUUGUGCUAUUAUUACCACAUGGAUAUGAUGGGCAAGGGUCUGAACAUUCCAAUGCAAGGCUAGAGCGAUUUUUGCAGUUAUCAAUGGAAGACCCGUAUCAUUACCCAAAAGACGAAUUAGAAAAAAAAAUCAAAAUUUUAAUGCAAAAUUUGCAAAUCGUGUAUCCUUCGACACCUGCCAAUUAUUUUCACUUUUUGAGGAGACAAGUCGUUAAUGUUUACAGGAAGCCUUUAAUUGUGAUGACCUCAAAAAAGCUAUUAAGGUAUAAAGGAGCUAAUUCAAAUUUAAAUGAGUUUUCAGAGGAUUUUCCAAAAAUUGUUUAUGAUGAUAAUCCAAGUGAGAUUGAUGCGCCUGAAAAUAUAAAAAAAGUGAUUUUGUGCACUGGGCAGGUUUAUUAUGAUUUGGUUUCUGAAAGGAGUAAACAACAAUAAAUUAAAUUAUGGCCAUUAGACUUUGCAGUCUGGCUUUCUUCCAAUGGUCUUCAGGUUUUUGUUGCUUGGCCUCUCCAAUCUCUUUUCAGAUUUCAUCUAAUCUGAAGGACAAAAACUAAACUAAUUAUAUUCUUCAGGCCUUCCCAUAAGUUAUUUAGUUCUUAAAGAUCACCUUAAAGACUCUUUUUAUGAGCUUCAUCCAUAAAAUCCUAAAAGAGUAAAAGGAAUAUCAAAGACAUUGCAAUUAUAAGACUUGAACAACUUGCACCAUUCCCAUUUGACGAAAUCAGAGAAAUUAACGAAAAAUAUCAUGAAGCAGAGCUACAGUGGGUUCAAGAAGAACCCUUGAACUAUGGGGCAUGGAGUUAUGUUUCUCCAAGAAUAUUAACCAUUUUAGGGCUUAAUUCUACAGAUCUUUCUGUUGUUUCAAGAAAACCCUCAGGAGCAGUAGCAACUGGAUACCAUUAUAUUCAUGUCCAAGAAGUAAAAGAUCUACUUGAUAAAGCAAUGACUAUUUCAAGCUAA